UUACAAAUCAAGCGUCUCAGUAAGCCUGCGUGGUUACGCCCUCACGACCGACAUGCGCAAUAGCGAGACGCCGGAGCUCUGCGUGUGUGGCUUCCGAGUCUCUUUAGGAGUAGAGUCGUAUCCUGGCACUGAGGGCGCCGGAGUGACGCUUCUGGCCGGCUUGGCAUUGCGUGGGCGGCUUCUUGGGGCCCACAUGAGCCAAUGGCAUCAUCCCGGCAGUGGCUGGGGUCGGGGACGCGACUUUCCUGGACACUCCUCAGCCAAGAAGAGCGGAAACCACGUCCCCGAAAGAACGUUUUCACAGAAUCCAAAUGUUUACCGGAGAGGCCAUAUCGCUCCUCCUGGUCCCCCUGGAGAUUAUUCACACAGGAAGUACACUUGGAAUCUGAAGCCAAAUGCCAGUAGAGCAGCCCAGGAGAGAAAAAGAGUUGCUAUAGGGCAUGCUGUUCUUUGCCGUUCCACUUGUAGCAGAAUUCAGUGUUUUCUGACAGUGGCUGGGUUCAGGGACGCGACUUUCCUGGAGGCUCCUCAGCCAAGAAGAAGAGCGGAAACCACGUCCCAGAAAGAACGUUUUCACGGAAUCCAAAUGUUUACCAGAGAGGCCAUUUCCCUCCUCCUGGUACCCCUGGAGAAGGUUAUUCACACAGGAGGUACACUUGGAAUGUGAAGCCAAAUGCCAGUCGAGCAGCCCAGGAGAGAAGAAGGUGGUGUCCUGACAAUGCCUAAUUACUCCGAACUAUCCUAUCCAGCCUAUUGGGAAUGGACCCGGUGAUACAAACCUGUCUUGGAAUUGCACCUGGAGACCCGAGCUGGCCUGAAGAUUACUGGUGGAAUCUCACUCUGUCUCCCAGGCUGGAGAGUAUUGCCAAUUGAGCAAGAGAGACUGACUGAUAAACCAGAUUGCUGAUUUAUUAAAUUAUAGUGAGUAAUUUACCUGGCAGUGUCAUUGUCAUCAGCUGCGUAGAACUAUCUGGAAAACUUGAAAACUUUUAUAGAUUGUAAAGGUUACUUGAUGAACAGAGUAGAAUUAUGUCGAUUUAAAGCCUGAGGAUAUCUGGCAAGAGUACUGUGUUAUUAUUGCUCCACUGUUGAAUAUAACCUCCUGGGAUCUUUCUCCAGUU